AUGAACGCGUAUCUCAGUCUGCUCGAGAAGCUCGACAACAAAACGGACAACCUGUACCUUGGCUCGCUGAGCUUGAACAAUGCUCCGCUUGGGAUGCCCGAGGACGGCUUCCCUUCGCGCGUGCCGACGCCGCCGUCUGAGGAAAUAGACGGUGUACCCCCGUCGAUGCGACGCGGAUACAGGCCACCGCUCGGGCGCACGUUCACGUUCCCGACUAGCAGCUCGCGCGAUGGUGCCGAGGAGGAUCACCGCGCUCACGACCUCACGAUCGGCAGUCUCGACCCGCACGCGCCCUUGUCGAUGAUGAGCGCACUCGACGCUUUGGCUGCUGCGGCUUCACUGUCUUCGCCCAGCACGUCCUUUGCGCCACCUCCACUCGAUGCUCACAAUCCGUUUGGCACACCACCCGGUGGAUGGCGAUCAGGUCCCGAUGAUGAUUACCCUCACCAUCGUCUUGAUGACCAGAUCACAUCGAGCAUCGGUCCUCAGCGUAAUACACGUUUCAUCGACCGUGCACAAUCUCUGAAUGCACCUUCGCGUUCUACUUCGCCUACGCAUCCUCCGCCGAGGAGCACGGCCAGCACCCCGCCACGCGAUGCUGGAGGUGCACCUGUGCGCCGUCGGCCACCCCGGACACGCCUUCCCGUUCCAACUCCAAACGUCUCGCGCCCUUCACGUGGUAGACAUGUGCCUACUGCACCGGGGGCAGCCGCUGACGGCGUCGAACAACCCGUGGCCACGCCUGCUAGCUCACUUGGCAGCGUCUCCGAUGGAGAGCGCCCCACACCUGCGCCCCAACGCGCAAAGGGCAAGGCCGCGGUCAAGGAGGGUGAAGAGGUCGGAGCGCGCGUGUUUGUUUGCGAGGUGGAGGGCUGCGGCAAGUGCUUCCGUAGGCGCGAACACCUGAAGCGGCACAUGCUCUCCCUGCACACGAACGAUAGGCCGUUCCAAUGCCCUGACUGCGACAAGGUAUGCAACAGGCGGGACAACCUCGUGCAGCACCGCAAGAUCCACGCGCAGGAUGCGGCGAAGCCCUGA